AUGCCUGCUCCUACAUACAUCAUCUCCAGGGUGGCCGAUCCCAUCUUCGCUCUCGCCAUUGGUCUCGGCGCUGCCGUGACAAGGAUCAACCGCGAAGAGAAGGACAAGGGAAGGUCGACUCAGGAGACCAUUGGGAUUGCCAAAAGACGUGUGAACAACUUCAUGGCGUCUCUGUGA